AUGCUUAAUAACCAAUACACAUCUGUCAGCAAAAUGGUCAUCAACACAACUACAUCAACUCCUUGCAACAGUACCACAGCCAAGAAAAACAAUUUUAUGAAAUCAAAUAAUCCCAAUCACAGCAAAUACAAAAAAUCACAUCAACAGCAUCUCAUGAGAAACAAUCAUCGCAAUGCCAAUGUUGGUAAAAGACCUGUCUCUCCUACUAGUCCUCACAUCAACAGACAAUUGCAAUCAACAAAUGACACUCUACUGCUGGAAAAUGAGCAAGAUAAGCCUCUACUUACACCUCCCAGCUCACCUGAGGCUACGCCUCGCACCUCUGGACCAAAUCAAAGCAACACCAUCACUAACACUCCUUACCACAAGAAGAAGAUCAGUAGCACAUAUGAAUACAAUAAUCGCAUAUUGACCGCCAAAAGAAACGGCAAUAUUCGCGUUGUCAUGAGCGAAUUCAUAUCCAUGAAGAAGAAUUCAGUCCAGAUGACUCAUCAUACAUACAAUCUUGUUCUUGAAGCGCAUGCCAUCUUACGCCGUGAAGGCACCCCUUUGACUGCCAUGUUGAAAAUUUAUAAUGAGAUGAUACAAGCACAAAUUCAACCCAACACCUACACAUUUAUACUUAUGAUCCGCACCCUUUGCAAAAGAGAUGUUGAAGUUCAAAAGACCGUUGCUAUGCUUAAGCGUCAGUCCGCUCGUAUUGGCCAUGACAAUGAAGAUGUUGGUCUCUUGGAAGCUGAACGCAACCUCGACAAGGCUCUCGCCAUAUUCCACUAUGCUGUCUCUGACGGUGUCUCUGCCAAUACCUUUGAAGUCGAAAUUUUCAAUCAAUUGCUUCGAGUGCUGUCUCAUUAUGGAGACACAUCAGAUGCCAACUUUGUUUACAGUCAAUUGGAACAGUCUGCUGUUCAAGCCAAGCCAAAUUCUGCUACUUAUGCUGCCUUGAUAAACUUGUUUGGACGCGCAGGUGACAUCAACAUGGCUCUUUAUUACUACAAUGUCUACACUCAAGUCAAAGAGACCCUAGGCCCUCAUGACACAUCUUAUAUCUUUAAUGCGUUGGUCGAUUGUCACUUGAAAUGUGGUCUGCUCAAUGGUGCUCUUCACGUUGUAGAGCAUGAUAUGGUUGAGCAUGGUAUCAAGUUGACCUGCAUCCCCUACAAUUCCAUCAUCCGUCACUAUUGUGCUCAUGGCCAAAUGUCAGAAGCUGAAGCUUUGGUUGACCGCUUAAUCCAAGGCCAUCAGCAAGAGAGCGACAAGUACCCAUACCCCGAUGCCAGUAGCUAUGGUCCUAUUCUGUCGGCGUAUUGCCAAGCAAAUGAGUGGGAAGCUGCUACUCGUAUUUAUGACGCACUCAGGAAGACGAACAUCUCCAAGGCUUACGGAAAUCUAGCUAACUAUGCUCUACUGUGUCUAACUCAUCAUGAUCGCGAUAAGGCUCUUUGUGUGAUUGAAGAUAUGACUAAAGCUAAUCUGGAGCCUGACCCUGUCCUUGCUGAGCGCAUUAUUACAAGUUUUGCUCAAGCUGAAGAGGUUGUUCAAGCCAUUGGUGCUUUACAUACCCUGCAGCAAUCCAUGUCGCCACGCUCACUGUCGAAAGGGUUCCACCAUAUUAUAGAUGGUGCUCUUGAGGUCGUGUUGCAUUCUACAUCGAUGCGUCAGGUGCUUCAAGUGAUGCAAAUUGUCAUGCCACUCGUUCAUACUCACAGCAACCCAAGCAGUCAGACAAACAGCCACACUACAGUACCAUCCGCUUACGAAAUCAUGUCCAAGACACUCAUUGAUUCCUACUUUGAUCGAGCCAAGGACUCACAGCACUUGCUUACCCUGGCUGAUUUCCAACUCUUGUUUGAUGCUGCUUUUGUUUUAUACGCUCAUGAAGAGUCCACAGCUCAAUCCUCUGCUCUGGGCGAUACUGUCCUGCAAUUCCUCCAAGACAUGCUUGCUUCUGAUAUUACUGUUCCCGCUGAUCUCUACCAUAGCGUGCUCAUUGAGCUACAGCGUCAUGGUGAUUUGGUAUCUGAAUCUCGCUGGAAAUCAGCCUUUGAACAAAGCCUGCCGCUGGUAGAUGUUACUGCUUAUACCGCCUCCUCUCGUCAUGCUCAAGAUGAGGAUGAGGACGAUAUCAUCAUUGAAAUUGCAGAGGAAACUGAACAAGAGCAAGCUCAUGCGCGUGCAAGCACUACUGCUACAACCAUUGCAGCUGCCAAUGCUGUAUCUACUCCUUCUAGGGCGGAAAUCAUCUCGAAUGAAGUACUUAAGGCUAUUAUCAAUGGAAACUGUCGCGGUGCCAUCCGUAUUUUUGAAGACCGUAUCAUCUGUCGAGGCUUGAUUCCUACUCCUGAAGUCAUGCGGGACGUGAUUGCGUUGGCUGGAAAACAAGGCGAUAUUCAAACGGCAUUGACAAUGUACAACAACGCUAUCUACGCUUUCAAGGACAUUGCUGAUAUCCAAACCAAGGACGAAGCCAUCUACAUGGCAACAAAUAGCCUUCUCAUUGGCUAUGCUCAAAAGGGUGACAUGGACAAGGCCAAGGUGUACUAUGAUCGUAUCAAGGCGAUGGGCCAUUAUCCUGAUAGCAAUGGCUAUGCUAGUCUCUUGCUGGGCAGUGCCAAAUGUGCCACAGAUGAAGCAACAGAUGCUCUUGCCAUAUACGAUGAAGCAAAGCGUCACCAUGUCAAGCCUACUACAUUCUUUUACAAUGUCAUCAUCUCUAAACUAGCCAAGGCUCGCAAGCUUGAUUCUGCUUUGUGUCUCUUUGAUGAAAUGCGUUUAUUCAAGAUUCCUGCCAACUCUAUUACUUAUGGUGCUAUUAUCUCUGCUAGUGUUCGCUCUGGUUCUGAGAGCCAAUCUCGACGUCUCUUUGGUGAAAUGCUCUCCUCUCCUUCGUAUCAACCUCGUGUGGGCCCAUUCAACAAUAUGAUGCAGUUCUACGUGCGCCAACACCCUAACCGUGAGCGAGUCUUGGAGUACUUUUCUGAAUUGCGUCGCCGCCAUAUCAAGCCCUCUCCUCAUAGCUACAAGUUGUUGAUGGAAGCCUAUACCCACAUUGCUCCUUAUGACAUGCCAAUGGCUCAUAAAUUGCUCAGCGACAUGACUCGAUGUGAUCGUCUUCGUCCUCAAGCAACCCAUUAUGCCACUCUGAUCUACUCCUAUGGUAUUCUCCAGCGCGAUGUACAAAGUGCUGAACGCGUGUUUAUUGAAAUGAAAAAGUCAAAUAUCCAUCCCGAUGAAGCGGUCUACCAAGCCAUGAUUGAUACACUGAUCAGCAAUGAUGCUCUGGAGAAAGCUGAAGCAGUCUACUAUCAAGAAAUGCAAAAGGAUACCCAAUUGCAAAAGAGUGGAUCGCCCUAUAUUGAAAAUUUGUUCAUCCGUGGUUAUGGUGAAAAGUCUCAACUGGAAAAGGCUGAAAGGAUAUUCGAUGCCAUGUCAGAUGACAAGACUCAACACCAUGUAUGCGUUAUUCGUGAACCAAGUACAUUUGAAGCAAUGAUUCGUGCCUACCUCUUAAACGACAAACUGGAUAUGGCCAAAAAGGUGCUAGACAAGAUGGUCAAACGAGAUUUCCCUCCCAAGGUGAUUGGUGUCGUUGCUGAUUUGGUAUCAGAGUAA